CUUGAAAAUGCGUGUAUAGUACUGAAUGUUCGACAAUACGAGACAUGUGUGUGUUUAGCCAUCUGUGUGUGUGUUUGGCAUCUGUGUGUGAGUGAGUUUGGUGUGUGUAUAAUUUUUGAAAUGAUCCAGCGCCAUACGUAUGACUUGGCUUCUGACCUAGUGCUUGCCCAAUCACCUUUACAUGGCGUAUGUCAAUGCCUAUCAACCCCCUCCCCCCCCGAAACCUGCUUACGGACUUCAUGGUCCCGUCCCCUAUGACAUCAACGUCGCCUUCCCCCUCGACCUGACUCAGUUUGAGACCCCGCGUGUGAAGUUGACGCCGUUCAUUCCAUCCGUUCACGCUGCGAAAUAUCAUGCAGCAAUCUCAGACCCUGACCACUUCUACCGUUACUAUCCCUUUCCCGGCAUAGAAGAUCCAGAGUCUUAUCUGUUGUUCAUGGACACCUUCGUGCGCCAGAACCCGUAUAGUGUCCUCCUCGCGGUCAUCGACAAGACAACCCCAGACCCGGACUAUCCGGAAUGGGGAGGGAAGAUCGCAGGGACAAUUGCACUCCUCAAUUAUUCACCGACGAACCUAUCAGUGGAGCUUGGAGUUCUGUGCAUCCUGCCCACAUUUCAGCGUACACAUGUCGCAACGCAUGCAGUAGGAACACUCCUCAAGUACUGUUUUACCAUGCCCUGUGCAUCCCAGUCUGAAUCUGGGUUGGGGUUGCGAAGAGUACAUUGGUAUGCGCAUCCGGAUAAUGAGCCAUCCCUUAGACUUGCUGCUCGCAUGGGGCUCAAACGUGAAGGAACUUUGAGAUGGGCAUGGGUAUUACCUGUCGGGAAGGCACGUGGGAAGACACCCAGGAAAACCGAUCUGCUGGCAGGACCAGGAAGAGACACUGCAAUUAUGGCUAUAACAUGGGAAGACUGGGAGGACGGAGCAAGAGAGACUAUAAAGACACAAAUGGCUCGGAUGGAUGAUACAUUGGUAGCCAAUUCACACCGUGGAAUGCAAUUGUAAUAGACAAAUUCUCCUAAUAUAUAUAUAGUUGAAACAAUGAUGAUA